ACUUCGAAAAAGUUUUGAAGAGGUGGUGCAAAUCUCAGGUUCUUUUCUAGUUUUCGGGAUUAAUUAAUUUUAGUAAGUUUUCUAAAAGUACUUUUUCAUGUACAUUAGCAACUGUUUUUUCAUAUGUUGAAAUCAUUGAAAAGAAUAAAUAAAUAAAUAAAUAAAAAUAAAAACAAAAACCGUUGUGAUCAACCAUUCAAAAUUGGAAAAGUGAAUAGGCGGCUUUGGCGAAUAGCCCUUCCAGUUGCAAAAGUAUUUUUUGUGGAAGCGGCUGGAAGUUUUGUUUUGGCUGAAUUAUCAUAAAUGGAGUUUUUUCAGAUUUCUCAUUGAAAAAUGGCUACAUACAAUGCAAAACCAGACUUGGGAGAUGAGAAAAAUGACUACGAUAGUGAUUCUAGUGAGACGGUGCAAGAACUGAAGGAUUUCUCUGAUAAUUUUGCAUUCUCCAAUUUAUCAACUUGUUGGGUAUGCAAUGGUUACUACGGUCCCUGCUUCGGGCAACCGGUUUGUGGAACAUGCCAUGCAUUUCUAUUCCCAGCUGUGACGGAUGAUAUUGUGGUGACACAGCUGUCUGAUGACGAAGAAGACUCAGGGAAUGAUGAGCCCCCACAGAAUUCAACACACAGUGAAAGAGUUGAGGAGGAAGAUAAUGAAGAGAUUGAAGAUGAGGAAAUUGGUGAUGAAGAGGAUGAAGACACCGAAGAAGAAGUUAAUCCGAUGGAGAUUGCCUUUGAGCGACCAAAACCUAAUCCACCGAGGAAUCUCAAUCACUAUCUUGAGCUUCUAUCAGCUCCUAGGAUUGCUGAUAGAAAUACCAGUAGAAUUGAACUUUUUCCCGUGGAGGUUCUUCUGAAGAUAUUCUCCUAUCUAGAUGACAUAUCUCUGUGGAAUGCUAGUGAAGUAUGUGAACAGUGGAGAAGGAUCAUUCAGACACACACCAGCCAGACCAUGUGGAAGAAGUACACUAGGGAGCGUUGGCCACUCUUUCAGCAAAUUGCUUCCAUUGGCAAUUGGUUUGAUAUGUACUCAGCCCUCAUGGCAUCCUGCUUCUGUCGCACCUGCCUCUUCCAGAUGUCCCUGAAAACACCCCUUCGUGGUCUGGUGGAUCUCAUCAAAAUGAAACGCCUUCGAUCGGAAAUAACAUGCCUGAGAACGGGAUCAGCUGAAGGAAUUGAUGCUGUUCCGCUGGACAAUCAGUUAUCCCACUGGCAAGGAUCGAUUUUAGGUCCUCCUGGAAGUCCAUAUGAGGGCGGAAAAUUCUUUCUCUACAUCGUCAUCCCACAGUCCUACCCAAUGUCUCCACCGACCGUCAGAUUUCUGACGAAAAUUGUCCAUCCUAAUGUAUCCAGACACGGAGAUGUGGGAAUUGACAUUAUUCAACACAACUGGUCACUCGCUCUGACAAUCUCAAAGAUUCUUUUAUCUGUGCAGAGUCUCCUCACGGAUCCCUUCACUGAGAUCUGCAUGGAACCGGCUCUUGGACAGCUCUACGAUACGGACAGAAGCAAAUUUGAAGGCUUAGCGAGGAAUUGGACAUGGAAAUACGCCAUGCAUGAAGUGAUUCCUCCACUUCCUUUCUUGUAAAAAUUCAUUUAGUUUGUAUCUCCCGAUUUUAAAAUAUAUUUUGAAUUAUUUAUUUUGAAUCUGAAA